GGGCGUGGCGGCCAUUUUGUUUUGGACGCCGAGCGGGAGUUGGCGGCAGCGGCUGUGGAGGCACGGACGGCAGGCAGGAAAGGGCAGGCCGGGCGAGCGGGCGGGCCGACUGACCAGAGAGCUAGCCGAGCGACUACGAACUAAGCAGGCAUUCUACCGCUUACACUUCUAACCAACCGCCCACCAAGUUAACCCGAGGCCCUCCACCGUCGAUUCAGGUUCGGCCGGCCCCCGGCCCGCCAGCCGCAGCCGUGGUGGCAGCCCCGGGAGGAGCACUGGCGUCCGUUUCCUUCGAUUCUCGGGAUUUGAAGAUGGCUGCACAGUCAGCACCGAAAGUUGUGCUAAAGAGCACCACCAAGAUGUCUCUAAAUGAGCGCUUUACUAAUAUGCUGAAGAACAAACAGCCGAUGCCAGUGAAUAUUCGGGCUUCGAUGCAGCAACAACAGCAGCUAGCCAGUGCCAGAAACAGAAGACUGGCCCAGCAGAUGGAGAAUAGACCCUCUGUCCAGGCAGCAUUAAAACUUAAGCAGAAGAGCUUAAAGCAGCGCCUGGGUAAAAGUAACAUACAGGCACGGUUAGGCCGACCCAUAGGGACCCUGGCGCGGGGAGCAAUCGGAGGACGAGGCCUGCCCAUAAUCCAGAGAGGCUUGCCCAGAGGAGGACUACGUGGGGGACGUGCCACGAGAACCCUGCUUAGGGGCGGGAUGUCGCUCCGAGGUCAAAACCUGCUCCGAGGUGGACGAGCCGUAGCUCCCCGAAUGGGCUUAAGAAGAGGUGGUGUUCGAGGUCGUGGAGGUCCUGGGAGAGGGGGCCUAGGGCGUGGAGCUAUGGGUCGUGGCGGAAUCGGUGGUAGAGGUCGGGGUAUGAUAGGUCGGGGAAGAGGGGGCUUUGGAGGCCGAGGCCGAGGUCGUGGACGAGGAAGAGGUGCCCUUACUCGCCCCGUACUAACCAAGGAGCAGCUGGACAACCAGUUGGAUGCGUACAUGUCAAAAACGAAAGGACAUCUGGAUGCCGAGUUGGAUGCCUACAUGGCACAGACAGAUCCCGAGACCAAUGAUUGAAGCCUGACCAGCCUCCUGUGAGAGACUCAUGUUAAAAGUCACCACAUAUGUAAAUAGCCUUGAGAUAACAGAGGAGGAACAACCUGAUUGAUGCUGGAAGGACUUGUCACAAUAGGCUAUGGACUGACUUGCCACCAGUUUGCGCAUUUAGUGUGUUUGUUUUACUUUUUUGAUACUGUGUUGUAUGAAACCCUUUUUUCUUCUGA